GGCAAUAGGGAAGUCCCAAAGUGAAACAAUGCCAUUCGGUGCACAACGGAAUCUAAAUGUAACAGAAUGAAAGCUGGCCCACAAGCUGCUUCUGUUUGAAGGUCUUUCUCCGAUUCUUUCUCUCUUCUCAUUCGUUUCGCAUAUAGUCCAGCAAGUCCAUCAAGAAGUCUAUUCGUGUUGCUUGAAAUUCCCAAAAAUUUUUGCACUUAGAAUGAGAUAAAUACAUGUAUUAGUGCGACGAAGACAGAGGAAGCGAAGAGUGCAAAAAGUGCAAGCAACCCAAACAAACCUAAUGGAUCUAAUUUACAAUUAUAUAAUUACCACCUUUCAAUUAGUGUUCCACUGGAGAUUGAUAGCCUUCUCGCCGAAGAUUUGUUUUCAAAACAACCGGAGGAAAAUCGAUGCAGAGCUGGCUUCCACCGACCGUGCAACGCUGCACGCUCCAAUUCUGCAUUACGAAAAGAAGAGAAAGAGAGAAAAAAAAGAAGAAAUGCAUAAAUGUGCGGAGGAGACAUGUUUUACACGCGUGAGAUACGUGAUUGUUGUCGAUGGCGAAAUCGUGACGGUAAAGAAAAAUAAGCAUCAAGGCCGGGUAGAGAGUCGAUCGAGAAAGAAGAUAUAAGGUAGGAAAGCGCGAAGCGACAGGAGAGGAGCGGGGAAAAAGAGAGAAGGGAUAUGGGCGGAACAGAAAAAAAGAGAAGAAAAGAUAUUUGCGGUAACGCAAUUCAACCUGACCACUUUCGGGGCCGUUAUUCGCCACGCUCGACAUUCGCCGGCCUCUAAUUGGCCGCACAACGAAGUAAGGGCGUCCGAGGUAAAGUCUUUCGGUUCGGCCGCCGUAUUUAGACGGACAUUAAUUGUGCACUUUUACCUUAGACGGCCGUCACCUGUU